AUGCAUCCACAUCCUUAGCAAUCCUUCAAAUAAUUUUCAUUCAUUAAACACAUACGAAUUUCAUGAUUUUUGCUUUUGCAGUGACAUGUUAACGAUAAAGGUUAUUGUUAUAUCUUAAACUCGGUUAUAAUUCUUAAACUUUGUUAUAUUUUAAUGCAACUUAACACGCAACUUUCAAUAAUAAAAUUUAUAAUUCAAUAAAAUAUAAUUAUGACAAACUGAACACCUGCUGAAGCCUUGGUGGUACCAUUGUAUUUCCUGGUAUUUCCAUCGUUGGCAAAUCGUCGUGUUCCUUUACAAAAUAGCACUAUAGAUCCUUUUUUUAAAUUUGAAGGAUUUGCGAGUUGACACUAGAAUUUUUGAUCUGAAAGUAUUAUUUAUUUUUCUUGAAGUGGUUUUCAAGAGACGGGAAACAUGCAAGCGGCCCAUAGGAUGAACUUAGCGAAAAAACAUACGUUAUAUUACUCAUAUUACUAUUGAUGCAAUAUACGUUUUUGUGUCUUUUUUUAAUUGGAGGAACUAUGGCGUCAACACCUCAGCGUACUUUAAGUGAAGUUAGUAAAUCACCAGGGCAGUUUUCUCCAGUAACAGUACAAGAAAGUCCGGUAUCAAAAACUGCCCAAAGAGGGAAUCUUACAGGCCACCCACGGGUAAUCAGGGAUCAUGCCGCCGAUGCAUACAACUUGAUUCAGAAAUGGAAUACACAUCAAAUCUUGGGUGGCAGAAUAAUAAAAAAUAUAGUCACACUAAAGACAUCCACUAUGAGCGAUGGGACUUUGGACACCAGUCAGGUAUAUCCAACAGGGCUUCAGGAACAUUGUGAUCAAUUGGGUGAAGUAUGCACUAUCAUGAAGGAAGUAUCCAGUACUCUGAAGCUGAUUCAUAAACAGGUGGAAGCAAUUGUUAAACUUGAAAAAUUGAAAGGUACAGACCGAACACCAAUGUUUAUUUCAUGGCCUGCAGAAAAAUUUGGUGAAGUGUUACUGGAAGUAUCAGAAGCAUACGAAGAGGAGCUGAAAGUGAAAUUGUGUGUUCAACAAAACAUUGCCCACACCCGGUCCAAAGCUACUUUGAUGCUGCAUGCUGCUGCCUGGGCACAUCAGCCAUACAUCACUCCACGAAUGGACCUAGCAAUGGAAAGUUUGUUGCAAGAAACCGGACACAGAUAGGUGAAACAGUGUAAUGUUUAAGUGUUUCCAUCGAAGGGAUUUUUCUGCUCUGAGAAGUGAGUGAAACUUUACAGAACAAUAGCUAAAAUUAUCAGCAAAAUAUCUAAAGGGAAAAAAAUUAUUUUCUUAAAAAGGUGUUUAUAAACAGGAUUUUCAUAUAGAAUUUUUUUAUGAAGUGUUGGUUGUUUUCAAUAUCCAAUUGAAGAAUUAUGUAAUUAGUAAAAAAAUUAAAAUCUUUGUUUACUUUCUUGCAUAUGUUGUUACUUAUUCUAUGUGUAUGAAAGUUCUGUAAUGCUGCAGUGAAAAACUAAGAUUUUGUGGCUGAAAAAGCUUGUACUGUGGGUUCCUGAUAACAAAAAAUGGAUAAUUUGUGCUCCGAUAUGGAGAAAAUUAUUUCUUUAGGUCUGUGUUACUGAAAAAUUGGUUUACGGCAAAAUGUCUGCCUGUGAACAGCACUAAAGUUGCAGCCCCUUUUAUUUGAUAUUUUAAUUUUUGGGAAUACUUUACAUGAAGCCUCUACAGGAUUUUCUUGAUUUUUUUUUUCUUAAAUAAAGCAAUGUACACUUAUAAAAAAGGCACAGGUCUGAAUUUUUUUAAAUUAGGCAAAAGAUUCAAGUUUCUUCUGGCUUCUUCCCACAAGUACAAUAUUGAAGAUAGACUAUUAUCUUAAUGAAAUAUGUUUUUUAAAAAUACAUCUUUAAGCCUGAUUACAUUAAAAACUCAGAAUUUUUGAAAAUUGCUUAACCACUAGUUUUACUAACAGGAAACUAUUCUGGGAGGAGUUUGACAGUCCUCAGCUUGACUGAAGUAGUACAUUGAGCUCUUUGUUUAAUAAUUAGUAUAAAUGUUUAGUUCAUCAUAGAAUAAAUACUUACAAACUUUAAUUUAUUUAUUUAUUAUUAUUAUUUUUUGUCUGAAAUUAGGGUAGCGAGUUUAGUGUAUCUCUGAUUUUUAAAGUUUGGGAUUAUUAGAGAUUAGCGCAAUUAUCAAAUUUCACAUAUUUUUAAACUAGCAUUCAUUCGAUUAUCUUAUAUUUGUGUUUUACAAAAUUUUUCUAAAUUGCAAAUUAUGUCAGGAUUAUCUACCUCAAUCAUGCAGUAGAUGAAUUUCAAUCAUGCAAACAAUCAGUAUUACUAGGGGAGCAAUUAAUAUUAUUGGAAUCAAUUAGGAAUUUAUUUAGAUCUUAUUGUUGAGAUGCAUGGAAAUAAAUUUUAUACAAAAUAAAUGGAAAAAAAAUAACAAAAUAUUACAUCAGAGUUCUGCCUUAGAAUACUUUUUAGGCAUUCCAACAUAACAUGAGGAAUUGCCUGUUACUUGAAAUCUCAAUAGAAUUAUUUGGUUUGUGCAUAUUUUCUGCCUUCUGGGAAUAGAGUAGUACUUACAGUUUUGUAUUGUGAAGAUUUUGAUGAGGCUUAGAAGUUUCCAGACUGUUGAAGUGAAAUAAUAGAUAUCGUGGACAAGACCUGAUGUUUAUUGAAUGAGGGUGGCCACCAUUUUCCCGUGAGACAAAUUUCACUAAUUUUUCCCUAAUUGCCAGACAUCUUUUGUGUAUAUAAAAGUAAGACAGGUAGAUAUUAAAAUGGUGUUAUUGGCCAAGCCCUUUUCGGAGUAAUAUCUUAAUUCUUUUGCACUAAUGCAUUGAGAGAGUAUGAGUGCCUCUUUAAGGAUAAGUUAUCUAUAUGUCUGUUCCCCUAUUUAUCAGUGAAAAUGACAGCAUUAACAUUUGUCUUACAAAAAAAGUGUGUCAAAAAUAACUACGAAUUAAUGUUGUUUGAAGAAUAACUUAAAACAUUUCCCCAACUUCUAACGGAUCUUCCAAAAUUCUAAACAUUCCCUUGUUUAUUCUCCUCCAAAAUUGAUAUUCUUUCUGCAGAAUGUGGCCACCAUGUAAUAUCAUCCAAAUAUAAUAUAACCCUUAGGCUCUGGGGUCUUUUCUGACCCCAGGUGCAAAUAAUGUUUUAAACGCUCUGAAAAGUAUUCACUUGAACAUAUCCUUUUAGAUGCGCUAUUUAUGUGCAGUUUUGUGUGUGUUGAAAACUUUUAAGUUUUCUUGAUUUGAAAUAAUUUUAUUUUUGUACGGUUGGGCUCAGAAAUGCUCCCAAAUAGAUUCCAGGUUACAAGUCUAAAUUAUGAGAAAAAUUCUAAAAGUCUGUCUCAUUUCUAUUUUUGUGUAUUUGUCUAUAACGAGUUAGUAGCUCCGUAUCGGACAUUAUCAUAUGGUAGACACCUAUGCAGUUAUAAGAAUAUGCUAAAUGUUUUUUCUGAAUAU